CUCUUUGAGGCAAUGCCGACGGUGAGCGUCGCCAGGGAGUUGCUCCAUACGAUGCUGGGGAGGGUUUACACGCAAGAGGAAUUCGACGAGCUGUGCUUCGUGAUUGGAAUCGAGCUGGACGAUGUGACGACAGAGAAAGCUAUAAUCAGGAAAGAGAAGCAUUUGCAGGAGAAUGAAGCGGACGAGGACGAAGAGGUUAUCUACAAGAUCGAGGUUCCUGCAAACCGAUAUGAUCUCCUUUGUCCGGAGGGGAUUUGUCGGCAAUUGCGAAUCUUCUUGCGGGUCGAGAAAAUGCCAACUUACAGACUUUCGAGACUUCCCGACUCCUCAAUCCUGAAGAUGAUCGUGAAACCAGAGACUGCAGUGAUCAGGCCGUUUGUAGUUUGCGCUAUUCUCAGGGGUAUCACUUUCGAUCAAGCACGCUACGCCAGUUUCAUCGACCUCCAAGACAGACUCCAUCAAAAUAUUUGCAGGAAGAGAACCUUGGUUGCAAUUGGAACUCAUGAUCUGGACACACUACAGGGACCUUUCACUUACGAAGCUCUUCCUCCAUCAGAAAUAAAGUUCAUCCCAUUGAAGCAGGCACAAGAGUUUACAGCAAAAGAAUUGAUGGAGUUUUACAAGUCGGAUUUGAAGCUAAAGAAAUUUCUCCACAUUAUAGAGGACUCGCCAGUCUUCCCUGUGAUAUACGACAGCAACAGGACAGUUCUUUCGCUGCCGCCGAUUAUAAACGGUGCUCAUUCGGCUAUCAGCUUGAAUACCAAGAACGUUCUCAUAGAAUGUACCGCCACGGAUUUAACCAAGGCUAAAAUCGUAUUAAACACGAUGGUUGCAAUGUUUUCCGGGUACUGCGAUGAGAAAUUCGAAGUUGAACCGGUCGAUGUGGUGGAUCCAGUUGGAAGAGUCACGAGAUGUCCUGAUCUUUCCUUGCGCACCAUGGACGUAGAUUUAUCAUACAUUAAGAAAUCCAUUGGAGUACCACUUCAAGCUGGAGAGAUUGUGGAUCUACUGAGCAAAAUGCAAUUGACGUCUAAGGAGAUAGAUGGGGACAAAAUCCAAGUGUUUAUACCGCCAACAAGAAGUGAUAUUCUGCAUCCUUGCGAUGUAAUGGAGGACGUUGCUGUUGCGUAUGGCUUUAACAACAUUCCAAAGACUAGACCAAAAACCAGCACUGAAGGGAGGCAGCAACCCCUUAACGAGUUCAGUGACUUGCUAAGACUUGAGCUGGCAAUGGCCGGGUUCAGCGAAGUCCUUAACUGGGUCCUAGUGUCCAAGAAGGAAAACUUUACGUUGUUGAACAGGAAGGAUGACGAGAAGAUUGCUGCAAUAGUUAGCAAUCCUCGAAGCAGCGACUUUGAGGUGGGUAUAAAGAGCCCUUUGUUUCACUGUUUCGUUAAUUCUUUGGCUUUUCAGGUUCUGCGGACGAGUCUACUGCCUGGUAUUCUAAAAGUCAUGGAACACAGCAAAGAUGUUCCUCGUCCAGUGAAGGUUUUCGAGAUCUCUGACGUAGUUCUCCUGGAUCCCAGUAAGGAUGUAGGAGCUGCAAAUUCCCGUCAUCUGGCUGCUUUGUACUGCAGCACCACGUCUGGCUUCGAAAUCAUACACGGCCUCCUGGAUAGAAUCAUGAACGUUCUCAAUGUUCCAGUCGACGGCUACACCGUGGAGCCAUCCAAUGAACCAGAGCUUUUCAAGGGUCGUCAAGCCAAGAUUUUCUACAAAGGCUCCUGCGUUGGAUCCUUUGGAAUUAUCCAUCCUCAGGUGCUCAAGAACUUCGACAUUCCGGAUCCUUGUUCUUACGUUGAGAUGGAAAUCGAACGCUUUUUGUAGGCUAGAGCACGAAAGAAAAAGAUUUUCCCCACGAUUUGUUCAGUUUCUCAUUUCGUCACCUUGAAUUCUCUAAGCCUCACGGGAAA